AUGCACAGAAAUCCCUCUAAAGUUUCAUUACCAUUCGAGGCUAAUUCUAAAAGUAACCUAAAGAAAGAAAAGAUCAUUGACUUAGACCCUACAAUUUUGAGCAAAGGUAAACAAAAUGAAGACGCAGCGAAGGAACCUAAUACCGCAAAACUAGAUAUAACAUCAUUAUCUCCCGAAAAGUCUCUUCAAUUAAAACAGCAAAGAAAAGAAAAGUUAAAAAAACAAAAGUUUUAUUUAAGUCAGCAGAAAGUUUUUGAUGAUAAUGGUAAUGUAAUAUAUGAAAAGCUAAAAGAAAAUGAUCCCAGAGUAAGUACUCUUUUGACAAAGUUGAAGUAUAAAAAGGAAAGGUUACGGUCUAGCCAGACUCUUGUAGAAGGUUGGAGAUUAAUUGUAGAUGGUCUUGAAGCAAAAUGCAAGUUGAAGUAUGUAAUUUUCAGUAGAACAGCAGAUUUAAAUAAACUUAGACCAUUUUUGCCUAAAACUGGAGUGAUGUUAUAUAAAAUACCAUAUAAAGAAGUACAACUUUGGUCUGAUGUGGAAACAAGUCCUGGCAUUUUUGGUGUGUUUCAAACACCCUCAGCAGAGAAUGUACAGGUUCUAUCCAGACCCUUGCCGCUACAGCUUGUAUGUGACAAUAUUCGAAUUCCUGGGAAUCUUGGUGCUAUACUGAGAGUUGCUGUUGGUGUAGGCUGUGAGAAAAUUUUACUUACAAAAGGGUGUGUUGAUGUGUGGGAUCCAAAAGUUAUCAGAAGUGCAGCGGGAGCCCACUUUAGACUUCCUAUUUACCAUUCAAUAGAGUGGAGUGAUAUGUCAAGUCAUCUAGAAAAAAAUACUAGCAUAUUCAUUGCUGAUAGCAACACUAAUACAGUUGAUACUUCAGAAGAAAAUCACUCACUGGAACUAAACGAUUUACCUGUACUUCCUUACUACAGUAUCGAUUUUUCGUCAUUGAAUCAUACUACGUUAAUUUUAGGUGGUGAAACUGAAGGCAUUAGUGAAGAGAGCUAUUCGCUAGCAGCCAAUAAAAAUGGCUUAAGGUUAAAUAUUCCCUUACAGAGAGGCGUUGACAGUUUAAAUUCUGGGAUGGCUAUAGCUGUCAUUGCCUUUGAAAUUAGAAAACAACUUAUACAAUUUUGGUCUAAGCAAAAGUUGGAAAAUCAAAUGGUUCAAGUUACUUAG